GGAAGGAGAGGGGAGCGGCUGCUUUCUGGAGGCUGAAGUUCACCUACACACAAUCUGGAAGUCAAAAGAUAGUAUCGGAGCCUAACAUUCGGCUACCAAGGACAGACUCCCUAAAAAAAGGUAUUUCCCUGAGUCUUAAGUUGGCACCAUGCCACAGGAGGUCAAGACUGACGUUCCCAAAGUCCUUAAUAAAACCACACCAGGACUUCAGAUAUGGAGAGUGGAGAACAUGGAGCUUGUGCCCUGUCCAUCUAAAUCCUACGGACAGUUUUUUGAGGGAGACAGCUAUGUAAUUCUCUAUACUCACAAAACCAGCAACAACUUCUCCUAUGACAUCCAUUAUUGGCUGGGCAAGUCCACCUCUCAGGAUGAGAUGGGAGCAGCGGCGAUUUACACCACGCAAAUGGACGACCAUCUAGGGGGUGUUGCUGUGCAGCAUCGUGAGACCCAGGGCCACGAAAGUGCCACCUUUCAAGGAUACUUCAAACAGGGCCUCAUAUACAAAAAAGGUGGAGUUGCAUCUGGUAUGAAACAGGUGGAGACGAACACGUACAACAUACGAAGACUUCUGCAUGUGAAGGGAAAUAAGCAUGUGGUUGCAGGAGAGGUGGAAAUGAGCUGGAACAGCUUCAAUAAAGGCGAUGUGUUCCUGCUGGACCUGGGGAGCCUGAUCAUUCAGUGGAAUGGGCCUAAGAGUAACCGAAUGGAGAGAUUAAGGGGAAUGAACCUAGCGAAGGACAUCCGCGAUCGAGAAAGAGGAGGUCGAGCGCAAGUGGCUGUAGUGGAAGGAGAUGAUGAGCAAUCUUCAGAGGAAGCCAUGAAACUGAUGAAGCAAUCCCUGGGCGAGAGGACUAAAGACAUCAAAGAAGCCAUCCCAGAUGAGAUUGUUGAUGAGAAACUCAAAUCUGCCAUUAAGCUCUAUCAUAUUUCAGAUGCUCAGGGGAGCCUUGUAGUGCAGGAAGUGGCAGUAAAGCCCCUCACACAAGACCUGCUGAAAACUGAGGACUGCUAUCUGCUGGAUCAAGGCGGAAUAAAGAUCUUCAUCUGGAAGGGCAAAAAGGCAUCUAAAGCUGAAAGGACAGAGUCUCUAAAGAUGGCAGAAGCCUACGUAAAAGCAAAAGGAUAUCCUAUAUCCACCUACAUAGAGACAGUGAGCGAGGGAGCAGAAUCGUCAGUGUUCAAGCAACUCUUCCAGAAAUGGACAGACAAGGGGCAGACCGUUGGAAUGGGCACCACACACAGUGCGGGGAAAAUUGCAAAGGUUGAGCAAGUCAAGUUUGACGCCACCUCUAUGCAUGCCAGACCUGACAUAGCUGCACAGCAGAAAAUGGUGGAUGAUGGGUCAGGUGAAGCAGAGGUGUGGAGGAUAGAAGACAAUGAGCUCGCCCCUGUGGACAGGAAGUGGCUCGGUCACUUCUACGGUGGGGACUGUUACCUCAUUCUCUACAAAUAUGAAGUCAGCAGCAGAUUUCACUACAUUCUCUACAUGUGGCAAGGCCGCCAUGCAUCCACAGCAGAGCUGACAGCCUCUGCAUAUCAGGCUGUGAUUCUGGACCAAAAGUACAAUGGAGAACCGGUGCAGGUCCGCGUUCCGAUGGGAAAGGAGCCCAUGCAUCUAAUGGCCAUAUUCAAGGGCAAAAUGGUUGUUUAUGAGGAAGGAAGCUCCAGGGAAGGAUCCUCCCAGUCUCGGCCAUCAGUUAGAUUGUUUCAUGUCCAUGGGACGAAUGAGUUCAACACACGUGCCACCGAGGUGCCGCCACGCUCAUCUUCUCUGAACUCCAACGAUGUGUUUGUGCUCAGCACGGAUAAGUGCUGCUACCUGUGGUAUGGCAAGGGCUGCAGUGGAGAUGAGAGAGAGAUGGCCAAAUCUCUGGCUGACAUUAUUUCUAAAAGGGAGAAGCAAGUCAUAGCUGAAGGUCAGGAACCAGCUGACUUCUGGGUUAAUCUAGGUGGAAAGUCCCAGUAUGCCAGCAACAAAAGACUUCAGGAUGAGAACAUCAGUAUCACGCCCCGGUUGUUUGAGUGCUCCAACCAGACGGGACGCUUCAUAGCAACAGAGAUCACAAACUUUAACCAGGAUGACCUGGAUGAGGAUGACGUGAUGUUGCUGGACAUCUGGGAUCAGGUGUACCUGUGGAUCGGCAAAGGUGCCAAUGACACAGAGAAGCGUGAAGCGGUGGUUACAGCACAGGAGUAUCUGAAGUCCCACCCUGCCGGCCGUGACCUGGAUACACCUGUUCUUGUGGUGAAACAAGGUUUUGAACCACCCACCUUUACAGGGUGGUUCCAUGCCUGGGACCCACAAAAGUGGAGUGAAGGGAAAUCCUACGACCAGCUUAAAUCAGAGCUUGGGGAUGCAACUGAUGUUAUCAAAAUUACUGUGGAUCUGACCCAACCAUCCUCAAACCAAACCAAUUCAAGUAACUCAACUCAAGGAGGUUCGAUGCCCCGUCCUGUAACACAAACCUUCCCUGCAGAGAAGCUGGUGAACGUUCAGACAGAAGACCUGCCUGAGGGAGUCGACCCCACAAGAAAAGAGGACUACCUCUCAGACGAUGACUUUACCCUGGCCAUGGGGAUUUCUCGGAUGAAUUUCUAUGCAAUGCCAUCCUGGAAGCAACUGAAUCUAAAGAAAGAAAAGGGCCUGUUUUAGAGACAAAUGUACACAAAUACACCCCCGUGCCACAAAACAGACUUGCUCUCAUGUUAAACUGUAUGAAUUCUAGUAGAGGUGCCAUAAAAAACAACUACAGUACAUUUCCUUUUAGACUUUUUAAGAUGUUUACAUAUAAUUACUUUAUUUAAACAUUUCUUUUUUUGCACAUGCAAACUGAUUUAUCUGAAAUUGACAUAUUUAAGGUUAACAUACAGCAGAAUUAAUUACCUUAGAGUAUAACUUUUAAACAGGAAAAUGGAUGAAAUUGGGGAAAUGAGGUUUGCAGAUCUAUCUUUUACACAGAUUUGUAUGGAUGCAGCAUGGCGAACUUCCAGUUUAAUUUCCUUUCCUUUUAACUUGCUGUUCCCUAAAGCAUCUCAAGAGGAAACAUUCAAGCACUGACUAAAUGCUGCUUUUCACUGAAGUGGCUUAAGCACUACAAUACAAGUUAAUAUAUUUGAACUAAGAUACAAGUCGUAUUUGAGAUUAAUGAUUUAUAGUGAGUAUUAAUUAUAAAAGACACCCGGAGACUACUGUACUUUAUCUAAUGAGUAAUUUCCAUUGGUAUUAAUCAUUUACUGUGUACAAAAGGCAGACCACCUGUCUAAUGGAAAAGUCAAUAAACAUGAAAAGACAUCGCAAUGGAAAA